CAGCCUUCGUUGGGGGUGGGUGUGUGCGCCUCGCUGCUCCUGGGCCUCGGAACUUGUGCUUUUCACGGUACAGAAGAAGGGCCAUACUACCACCAGGGUCAUAAAACUACUACUGGAAAUGGCCAAAACUCCUACGAAAGCCUUGUCAAAUAUGUGAUCUAGGGCGACGAAAUGUUUAGUAAUACGGGAAACUUUGCGGUCCCGGGAAAACUCUGCGGUGAGGUGUUCCCGUCAUGGCGUGCGGCUCUGGUCUGGCACUCGCUGACCUGAGCACUGCCACGUGUCUAGGGUGCACGGGGGGACCUGUUGUGGCACUGACCCGGGCCUGAGGUGCUGUAGCCGGGCACUGGACGAAGACAUGCUUUGUACUGUGUUGUGUUGCGUGUGCUAUGCUGUGGCGGGCGGGUUCUGGGUGCUGGUGUGAGGAGUAGAAUGCGUCCUUGAUUGGGCUACCGGACAGCCAUGGGGUCCACACUCGGGUGCUCCAGGGACCCGGGGAGCACCAUAUCCGUCCAGCCCGCGGCCCCCUCCCCCCCGCUGCCGUCUCCGCCCGAAGGCAACCCCCGGAACAAGACGGCCCUCAAGCCUGGCCGCAGCCUCAUGGACUGGGUCAGGCUGGGGCACUCUGGGACUGACCUGGCCGGCACGAAGGGCGCGCUGCUGGACGUGACGAGGCAGGAGCUGGCCAAGCACAACAAGAAGAAGGACGCGUGGAUGGCUCUCAAAGGGAAGGUGUACAACGUGACGCCCUACAUGGAGUUCCACCCUGGUGGUGAGGACGAGCUGAUGCGAGGAGUUGGCCAGGACGCCACGCAGCUCUUCAAUGACGUGCAUAAGUGGGUCAACUUCGAGGGCAUGCUGCAGAAGUGCCUAGUGGGCCGCCUUGUGGAGAGUCGCUCCUUCUUCCUCAAGCCUUCCUUCCUCCCUCUCGGCCGCAGCUCCUCAGCCAAGCCAACCAAUGGAGCAGAAGAGAAGAAUUCUUUGUCAGUGCCCAAUGCAGAGAGCCAGGCAGGAGUGCCAAAUGCCAAGUCCCCGCUGGUGACUCCCCCCACUCCAUCACCGCUCCCCAGCCCCAAGUACGACUGGUUCCAGACCCACACCGUGAUCAACCUGGCUGUGUACACCCGCUGGAAGCACAUCACCAAGGAGCAUGUGGUGGUGCUCAAGAGGGGCGCGACGGUGAAGGUGGUGUGCUACAUCCAGGACAUGGUGUAUGUGGUGCACCUGGAGCUGGACAAGCCUGUGGCCGAGGAGUUUGAGGUGCGGGCGGGAGGCAGCAGUGUGGGGAAAGUGGACGUCCUCCUGCAGAAGGGUGAGGCCGGGGUGAGGUGGAACCGGCCGGGGAAGACCUUGCCCGGCCAUGGGGAACAUAUCAGGGCCAAGGACUUUGAGAUUGAGUACGUGGAGUGCACGCUGGCGCGGCGGGAAGCCAUCACCCACAACACCUGCCUUCUGGUGCUGCAGGUGCCGGACAACACCCGCCUGCCCGUCCCUGUAGGGCACCAUGUGUACCUCAGGAGUCCCAGCAAAGAGGUGGUGAAGCCGUACACACCAGUGGCCUCGACGCUGUCCCUUGGUGAUCAAGAGGAGCCAGGCAGACACAUUCACCUCUUCAUCAAGGUGUACAGUGAUGGGGCCCUGACGCCCAUCCUGGACAAGCUACCCGUCAGCUCCCAGGUGGAGGUGAGUCUGCCCGAGGGAAACUUCUCCCACGACCAGCUGACAACCGCCACCUCCGUCGCCGCCCACCUGGUGCUUCUGGCGGCUGGCACAGGACUCACCCCCAUGGUCAGGCUCAUGCUGCUUGCCCUCAGGAAUAAAAAAAAUGUUCACCUCAUACUCUUCAACAAGACAGAAAAAGACAUACCGUGGAAGGAGGAACUUGAAGGCCUCGUGGAAGAGAGUGGCAGCUUACUGAAGGUGACUCACGUAUUGUCCGAGGGCAGCACCUCCUGGGGCGGCGAGAGGGGCAGGAUAGGCAAAACUCUGCUGGAGAAGUUGUUGCCCGAGCGAGGUGAGGAGAGGACGACCUACCUGUGCCUGUGUGGGCCGACAGCAUUCACCAAGCUGGGUGUCAGUCUCCUUGAUGACCUUGGGUACAGCAGUGAUGAGUACCAUGCCUUCCUGGGCUGAGGACAUGGGUAUGUGAAGACACACACAGACACACAAAAGGCUUCAUGGCAGAGCACACCACAUCACAAAACAAUACAGCACAGUUCUACACAAAAUAGCAAAACACAAAACCAAACAAAACUUGAGCCAAAGUGUGUGCCGGUGAUUAGGUUAAUGCUGUAUGGGUUAUGGCUGUGUAACUUAAAAAGUGACUCAUGUGCUCCUACAGUUCAUUCAUUAUUAACAGCAACUUCAAGGGAUCACAGAAAGAGAUAAACUCAGCUGUACAUCACCCCAAAAACAUAAAGUGCUCCACAGUCUAGUCUUUAGCUAAUUUAAAAGACAAAAUGGAGUUGGUUCAGAAUCUAAUUUUAUAUGAAGAUUACAUUACAUUGUUCCUAAAACACAUGUGGUUUUAGAUCUUAUUGUAUACCAGUGUGAUGAAGGGUCAGUGUGAAGCUGAUUUCUGAAUAGAGCACAGGUUACUAGAAUAAUGAAAUGAGGUAGUUUGCCUCUGCCUUAAAUUUGUUUUGAAACCCAAGAUCAUAAUAUGAUCUUGUAUCACCACAGUUCAAGGGUAUCAGGAAGGUGUUUCCUAGCAAGACAAGCCCAAGCUGAGGCCAAGCCCUCCUAAGAAUAUUAAAUUUCUAGGUUCCUGAACAUCAAGCCUCAACUGUCUGCAUGUUGUGAGUGUAUCAUGAGAAAAAUAGUACACAUUUGUAAUUUUUGCUGACUGAUGCAAGACAAAGUUGUAAAUUUAUCAUAAAUAAAAAUCAUUCACAAGGGAAUUUGUCUUGAGGUAACACCUUCCUGCCAGUCUUGUAUUAUAGGGAUCUGGGCUGCCAUGCAGAAAGAGAAAGGGAAUUUAUAGAUACACACACCAAUAGGACAUUACCGCUGAGGCUGUGUGAGAAAAAAAAGCACACCAAGAUGAGGUUACCAUUGAAACAAAGACCUUUUAUCAAUAAAGACCCAAAUGCUAAAUAUAUUUUUCCAUGCCAACAUAGACUGAAUGCAACAUAAUAUAUGUUGAUGGAAAAGCCUGUAUGAAACUUAUUACUGUAUUUUUAACUUGAUUAGAACAUGGCUUGCUAAACAGGGUGAGAAAGACAAUAGUGCUCCUUUGAUAUUUAGGCUACAAGAGCACAAAACACUUUUUUAUGAAACUAAGAGGAUAAGAGCAUGGAAUGACUGAACACAUAGACAAAAGAAAGGUAAGCUCCUUGCUCAGGAGAGAGAACUAGGCCACACAUGAGGAAUAGGCAUCGGAUUUGGUGUUAUUCAUAGGGAUCAUUAAUUCUUGCACCUAUUGCACCGCAUUCCUGACUGUCUCAGGAGCUGCCAUGUACAGGCCUACCGGCCUCUUGCAGACUCCUUACGUUUUUAUGUUAUUAUGUUGUUUGUCUACCAAGUUUGGCAUAACAUUAAUUGGCAUUGGCAGUCAUGCCCCAGUAAUUUGCUUGGUACCAAGAGAGUGCCUUAAAAUGUGGCACUGUUAACAGAAUUAUGCCACUUUUGAUUAUGUUAACUAUGUACCAGUUAAAGAAGCACUUUUUGCGAGGUUAACAUGAGUUAGAUGUACAAUAAGUUAAACACACUCAUCAUGUAGGUAUAUAAUUUACAGUGUAUUUACACCAAUAUUGAGGUCACAUCCUCACUCUUCAUCUCACAUUCACUAUACACCACCAACCCACAUCAGUCACAUCUACAGUAAGUGUCCCAUCAUAACAUUCCUUUUAGACCAGACCCAACCUUACUUGCUAGAAACUCUUUAUUUAUGUAUUACUUCUACAAACCUACUUACUUUCCAACUUUUCCUACCAACCAUCAUACCUAUUAACUGUCCACUCAUUACAUACACAGUUGACCCCUGACAUUCAUGAAUUUGACAAUUUUCAGAGUGCAGCUUGGGAGUUUCCAGAAUACCUCAGAAUACUUAUAAGUUAUAACAGUACAUAAAAUGUGUAUGCUUUUGACGGAUGCAAUGUUUUGUGGAAUUUUUAAGAACCAGUAAUGGGUUUAGUGCAAUUUUGUGGUCAUAUGGCUUUGUGUACUAGGAAAAGAGCAUUGACUGUCAAUUUUGCAAAUAAUGUGGUGAUCUCCGUCCUGUAAUCCCAGGCAAUACUAGGUGAGGACCACAAGAUAACAUCUACGCACCUACAUUCUUAAUAGUAACAUUAUACUCAUACAUUGCACUAUGCAUUGUCAUAAACAAACAUAGGUACCAGCCAGUACUACUCAGGGGGCUGUUGAGACCCAUUAGAAGACUUUUAUGUGACCUUGUGUGCCAGUACUAAGACAGCAUUUUAGUGGAGCAUUUUAGGCUAGCUUCAUGUGAAAGAAACAAGAUUCUAAGUCAUAAAGUGCUGCGAGAGAGAGAGAGAGAGAGAGAGAGAGAGAGAGAAUAGCUUUAUAAUGCCUAUGAGUAUAUAGUGUGACUAUUGUAAAAAAAAAUGCUAUUAUAUGUAAAUAAAUAAAGAUUGUUUGUGUAAAA